AUGAGGGCAACUGAACUUGCCAGCCGCCGAGGGGCAAGUCUUCGGAGACUCGCCACUCGAAGCUGCCGAGGAGACAUCGCGCGCACACGGUCCUUUGCGACACCCACAUUCGAUACCUCGAACCCCCGAAUACCGCCAUAUCUAAAGCUUGCGAAGAACUAUGACAAAGUCCGGGAGGUCCUGGGCAAGGGCAGGGCAUUCACCCUGGCCGAGAAGAUCCUCUACAGCCAUCUCGACAGCGCCGAAGAGUCCCUGUUGACUAACACGAACGGGGGACGCGACAUCCGUGGCACCGCAAACCUCAAGCUCAAGCCCGACCGUGUCGCCAUGCAGGAUGCCUCGGCGCAGAUGGCCCUCCUGCAGUUCAUGACCUGCAACCUGCCGUCGACCGCCAUCCCCGCCAGCAUACAUUGCGACCACCUGAUCGUUGGAGAACGAGGCGCCCAAGCCGAUCUCGAGUCCGGUAUCAAGCUGAACCAGGAGGUCUUUGAUUUCCUUGAGUCCGCCUCCAAGAAAUACGGAAUCGAGUUCUGGCCCCCUGGCGCUGGUAUCAUCCACCAGAGCGUCCUCGAGAACUAUGCCGCGCCAGGCCUCAUGAUGCUCGGCACCGAUAGCCACACACCCAACGCCGGAGGCCUGUCUACAAUAGCUAUUGGUGUUGGUGGCGCCGAUGCUGUCGAGGCUCUAGUGGGCGCGCCGUGGGAGCUCAAGGCUCCUCGUAUCCUGGGUGUUGAGCUGACCGGCAAGCUUAGCGGCUGGGCCUCGCCGAAGGAUGUCAUUCUAAACCUGGCUGGGCGACUGACCGUUCGCGGCGGUACAGGCUUCAUAAUCGAGUACUUCGGAUCCGGAGUACAGACACUCAGCUGCACGGGCAUGGCCACCAUUUGUAAUAUGGGUGCCGAGGUCGGCGCAACCACCUCGUUAUUUCCUUUCAACUCGGCCCAUGUCCGGUAUCUAGAGGCAACACACCGUCACGAUGUAGCCGCAGAGGCCAAGAAGUUCUCUCAGAUUGUCCCCCUGCAGGCCGACUCUGGGGCCAACUACGACGAGGUCAUCACCAUCAACCUUUCCGAGCUCGAGCCCCAUGUCAAUGGACCCUUUACCCCUGAUCUAUCUACGCCCCUAUCUCAGUUCAAACAGACCGUUAAAGAACAAAACUGGCCCGAGAAGCUGUCAGCUGGUCUCAUCGGCAGCUGUACAAACAGCUCGUACGAGGAUAUGACCCGUUGCGAGGGCAUGGUCCGCGAAGCAAUGGAGGCUGGCCUGAAGCCUGCCUCGGACUUUUACGUCACGCCUGGAAGUGACCAGAUUAGAGAAACCCUGCGACGAGAUGGACCUCUCGACACGUUCAAAGAAGCCGGAGGCACUGUCCUUUCAAACGCCUGCGGCCCCUGCAUUGGCCAAUGGAAGCGACAAGACGAUGUCGAGAAGGGCACGGCCAACGCCAUCUUUACCUCUUACAACCGCAACUUCCGGGGCCGUAACGACGGUAAUCCGGACACCAUGAACUUCCUCGCCUCGCCCGAGAUCGUUACUGCCAUGGCCUUUGCCGGAAGCACGACCUUCAACCCAAUGACGGACUCGCUGCCCACCGCAUCCGGCACAGAAUUCCGCUUCACGCCGCCGUCGGGCAUGGAAAUCCCCGCGCAGCCCUUCGAAGCUGCGCGGAAGGAAUUCCGUGCCUUGACACAGGCACCCGACCCCUCUGUCAGCGUUGCGAUCGCGCCAACGUCAGAGCGACUUGCGCUCCUUGAGCCGUUUGAUGCGUUUCCCGCAUCGGACCUUACGGGCUUGCGUGUUCUGGUCAAGGUGACGGGCAAGUGCACAACAGACACGAUUUCGGCAGCCGGCCCCUGGCUAAAGUACAAGGGCCACCUGCCGAACAUCAGCGCUAACACGUUGAACACGGCGACUAACGCCGAGACGGGCGAAGUCAACGCCGCGUACGACAUGGACGGGUCGCGCCACACGAUCCCAGAGCUGGGUAAGCGCUGGCGCGAAGCCAACCGCCCGUGGCUCGUCGUCGCUGAACACAACUACGGCGAGGGCUCCGCGCGAGAGCACGCCGCCCUACAGCCGCGCUACCUAGGUGCACGCGUAGUCCUGACAAAGAGUUUCGCCCGCAUCCACGAGACCAACCUCAAGAAACAGGGCGUCGUGCCCUUGACCUUCGCCGACGAAGCCGACUAUGAUAAGAUCGGCGCGUGUGAUGUUGUCGAUACCGUGGGUCUGUACGAGAUGCUGCAGAACGGGGGCAAGGGCGAUGUCGCGCUCAAGGUGCGGAAACUCGGUGCCGAGGAUGGCGAGGAGAUUCUCAUCAAGACGCGGCACGCGAUCAGUGAGGACCAGGCUGGGUUUAUCCUGGCUGGCAGCGCGUUGAAUUUGCUGUCGCAGUCGGGGCGGUAA